AAUUUUAUACAAGUAAUUUUAUUUAUAUUGUUCAAAAUGUCGAUUGAAAUUGAAUCUGCUGACGUAAUUCGACUAAUUCAACAAUUUUUAAAGGAAUCGAAUUUAUUUAAAACCCUACAAACAUUGCAGGAGGAAACCGGCGUAUCGUUAAAUACAGUAGAUAGUGUUGAAGGGUUUGUUCAGGACAUUACCAAUGGUCACUGGGAUACAGUACUUCGCGUAACGCAAUCAUUAAAAUUGCCCGAUAAAAAACUACUGAAUUUGUACGAGCAAAUUGUGCUAGAGCUAAUUGAAUUGCGAGAAUUGGGUGCUGCACGUUCUUUGUUGCGACAGACUGAGCCCAUGGUAAUGUUAAAACAACUGGAGCCAGAACGUUAUAUACAUUUAGAAAAUAUGUUGCAACGAGCUUAUUUUGACCCGCGUGAAGCAUAUGCCGAAGGAAGUAGUAAGGAAAAGCGUCGUGCUACAAUUGCACAAGAAUUAAGCGGUGAAGUACAUGUUGUGCCAUCAUCUCGUUUGUUAGCUCUACUAGGUCAAGCACUCAAGUGGCAACAACAUCAAGGUUUACUUCCUCCUGGUACAACGAUAGAUUUAUUCCGUGGUAAAGCGGCUAUGAAAGAUCAAGAAGAGGAAAUGUAUCCUACGCAAAUGUUUCGGCAAAUAAAAUUUGGGCAGAAGUCACAUGUUGAGUGUGCACAAUUCUCACCUGACGGACAAUAUCUAAUAACUGGUAGUGUCGACGGUUUUCUUGAAGUUUGGAAUUUUACAACAGGCAAAAUACGUAAAGAUUUAAAAUAUCAAGCACAGGAUCAAUUCAUGAUGAUGGAACAAGCUGUAUUGGCUUUAUCUUUUUCGCGUGAUUCAGAAAUGAUAGCAUCCGGUGCACAAGACGGACAAAUCAAAGUGUGGCGUAUAAUAACUGGACAAUGCCUGCGAAAAUUUGAAAAAGCCCACACGAAGGGUAUUACCUGUUUACAAUUCUCCCGAGAUAACAGCCAAGUGUUGAGUGCAUCUUUUGACUAUUCAAUACGCCUACAUGGUUUAAAGUCGGGGAAAAUGCUUAAAGAAUUUAGAGGACACAUAUCAUUUGUAAAUGAGGUAACAUUUACGCCUGAUGGACAUAAUAUAUUAAGUGCGUCUUCUGAUGGAACUGUUAAAAUUUGGUCAUUAAAAACAACUGAAUGCAUUUCCACAUAUAAACCAUUAGGAAAUGAGCUGGCGGUAAAUACCGUACUUAUAUUGCCAAAGAAUCCGGAACAUUUUAUCGUAUGUAAUCGUUCCAAUACAGUAGUCAUAAUGAAUAUGCAAGGACAAAUAGUACGCUCAUUCUCAUCGGGUAAGCGUGAAGGUGGCGCAUUUAUUUCUGCAACGCUAUCACCGAGAGGAGAGUUUAUAUAUUGUGCUGGUGAGGAUCAAGUGCUUUAUUGUUUUUCAGUCUCCUCCGGCAAAUUGGAACGUACAUUAAAUGUGCAUGAAAAAGAUGUCAUUGGCCUAACGCAUCACCCUCAUCAAAAUCUUUUGGCCACAUAUAGUGAAGAUGGUCUAUUAAAGCUAUGGAAACCAUAAAUGAAUAUCUAAAUAAUUAUACGCAAUAAGUUUUUAAUUUUAAUUAUUAUUUCAUGUCUAAUUUAUGCGCCAC